AGACAAACCGCUGCCAUGCGGUGUCUUCUUUUAUUAGCUCUAUUUCAAGUCGUUCAUUCAGUAUUGGACGCAUCUUGGUGGUCAUCGGUUGCCCAGCUUUCCACUUCAUUAGCCGGCCAAAGUGCACGGCCGGUGUGCUCACUACGUGGGCUUUCACCAGGCCAGGCAAGAAUAUGCGAUCUUUUCAAAGACCAUAUGCCAGCCGUUGGUCAGGGAGCACAAACUGCCAUCCAGGAGUGCCAGUAUCAAUUCAAAUCCAAUCGCUGGAAUUGCUCCACGCCGUAUGGUUCAGGAAUUGUUGGACCAAUACACAAAUUGGGGACACGUGAAGCAGCUUUCACUUACGCUAUCCUGUCCGCCGGUGUUACCCAUGAGAUUGGAAGGAGGUGUAAACAAGGUUUGCUGGCUUCGUGUGGAUGUUCGGAUGAAGCAAAACCUAAAAAUGUAGCUGAUGAUUGGACAUGGGGAGGUUGCGGCGACAACGUUGACUAUGGCUAUCGAUUUGCUAAGAAUUUCAUUGAUAUCCGGGAAAAAGAGAAGGACCCGCGACGAGACCAAGACCAGGGCAGGUCCCUAAUGAACCGGCGAAACAACGAAGCUGGAAGAAAGAUUCUUAAACGCCAUACGGCACCAAAGUGCAAGUGUCAUGGUGUCUCGGGCUCGUGCAAUCUGAAGACAUGUUGGAUGCAAUUACCAACUAUGCGGCAGGUCGGCAACAUACUCCAGAACAAGUACAAAAACGCGAUCAGAGUUCAGGUGAGUGCCCCGCAGUUGAUCCACCCUAUGCAUCCAGCUGAAGUUCUGAAUAGGUCAAUUCCCGUGGUAACCUGCAACUGGUUCGAUCGGGAAGGGGCAGGGCAGAGCUCAGGGUGCGUCAUUGGGUCAGGACGCGAACAGUAUGGCGCUCUGACCCAGUGGUACACCCAAGAAGCUCAUGUUCAGUGCCCUUCGGUAGUGAAUCGUGUCCAAUGCUUGAAUUGA